AUGUAUGCAAUUCUUUAUAAUUAUGUGGAUGUGAUAACUCAGCCAUUGGUUGUGAUAGAGAAGCAAAUGUAUGUUGUGGUUAAUCACGGACCAAUUCGACAUGUUCCAGGCGUUGGUUUCGUCUUCACAUGUCUCUUCGGAUCAUCUUUCGGACUCUGCAUAUCUCUUCUGUCAACUCAGUUUUUCUAUAGAUACCUAGCAGUUUGCAGGCCAAAGUCACUGGCCUAUCUAGAAGGUCAUCAAUUCCUUCUCAUCUUUGCUCCUGCUCUUUUCGUCUCUGUCACUUGGUUCUUUUUCUGUUUUUUCGGACUCGACAUGACACCGGAGAAACAAGAAAUGUUGAAGAUUCCAUUUAUGGAGUACUAUGGAGAAGAUUCAAAGACGAUGUCGUAUGUCAGUGGCCUCUUUUGGAGUUAUGACAAGAAUGGAAUUGCUCACUGGAACACAAAAGAUUGUGUUGGAUCACUUGGAUUAGCUGCCUUAAUGAUAAUUUGCUGUUCCACAAUUGUGGUUUGCGCAGUAAAAACGUACAAUAAGAUGAAUGAUGCGAGUAAUUCUUUGAGUGAUCGAACGAAAGAACUCAAUCGACAGUUGUUUAUCACUUUGAGUCUACAGACUCUUCUCCCAUUCAUGCUAAUGUAUGGACCUGUUGGACUUCUAUUUCUAUUUCCACUCUUUCAAGUCAACAUUGAUUUUUUAUCAAGUUCAGCAGCUGCGUCAACUGCAAUUUAUCCUGCUGUAGAGCCAUUGAUUGCUAUCUUUUGUAUUAAAACUUUCCGGAGAAGCCUAUUUUGUUACAAAAAUCUUGGAAAAAUAUCAAGUGCAGCGGUUUCUACAGUCAGAAGCGGAUGA